CCCUUCUCCUGAAAUCCAGUCCCUCUGCCACUCACUGCCAUUCUUCAUCCUUCAAGGAGGAGAACGAGAUGUAGAUGCAGCAGACGAGAGAAAUGCGAAUUAGGGUUAGGGUUUCUAUCCCGACAACUGAUGGAUCAGAUCGAGUCUUCGAUCCUUCGCGUUCUCCAAGACCACCACAAGAUCAGCUCGAGCCUCCGGAGUGAGGAGACCAAGAUCGACGGCCUAAAUAAGGAGAUUAAGAUCUUGGAGGAUCGGAUUCGGGCACCGCUGUCGUCAGGGGAUGAUUCGGGGGAAUUGGAGCGGCAGCGGAUGCAAAAUCUGCUUACUUAUCAGUCGACGCUUAUCGCGCGGGCCGCUUCGAGGACAAAGCUCCUAAGAGCACUUCAUGAAGAUCUGCUUGUAUUGUUUCUACGGAGGAAGCAGCUGCGGCAAAUUGAUGGCACUGGUGGGUCAGGUGUUGAUGUGGUGCGUAAUGUUUCUUUGAGCUCCGGAUUGUCAAGUGGUGAUGAUGAUAAUCAAGGUUUCCCAAAUGACUGUUCGAUGCCGGGAUCAAUGGACAUCAUGAGGAUAAGUGAUGACCAUGACAACUUGGAGGAAGUAACUACGGAACAAGAGCAACUACCCUUGGGUCUAAAAAUGCUUCAAAUAAAUAUGAAUGAAGAUGCAUGUUUGACCCCAGAAGAUGGGAGUGAAUAUGGAGAUCUCCAGUACAAGAAUAAUAUCCUAGAUAAUAUUGCCAUGAGCAUCUUAGAUCCAAAUUCAAACGUCGAUAACAUUUUCAAAGAGGCUAUGGAGAGUUCCAACUUCCCUUGUGAGGAAGCUCAAGGUUCCAAAAAGGUGCCUAAAAAAACAGGCCGAGCAACUUAUCGAAACUUAGCUAGACGUCUGACUGUGGACUUCGAUGACCUUGGUAACCCAACUGGCCCAAAUGCUGGGGCUUUCAAAAGAUCAAUCAAUUCAUAUGUAUGUCAUUAUUUACCUGUCAGAUUUAAGCAAAUUGGGGAUGUUCCAGUCGAAGACUAUAAAUCAGUAUUGAAUGUGUUAACAGAAAGAUAUAAUUUUGAUCUUAAUAGAAGCUAUACCAGGAAGAAGAUCUCAUCCUGUUAUAGGCAACAUAAAUACAAGCUGUUGGUUCAGGUCAAGAAAGACCUUGAGAGAGGUAUUGAACCACAAAAACCAUCAUAUGUGAAGAAAGAAGAUUGGGAUGCUUUUGUUGCAAAGACAAAAGAUGAAGAGUUUGAUAGGAUUAGCAAGAAGAACAAAGCAAGCAGAAGUCAACAGAGCGCCCUUAACAGGAAGGGCUUGACGUCUACUUCCAUCCACAAAAGAAAAUUGAAAGGAUCAGAACAAGGUGUAGUGGAUGAUAGUAUCUGGUCGAAGGUGCAUAAACCUAAGCGAGGUCGUCCAAGGAAGCUAUUAGAUGUGGUUGAGGACAAUCAUAAUGUUGUGGAUAUUAUGGACAUUCAUAUUAGCCAAGAGGGUUUUGGAUCAGAACGGACGUUAAAGGGUUAUCCGCAUCUGGAUGCUACUAACCAGUAUGAAUACUGGAAUCCGACUUGAGAGACUGCAAACGUCUUAGCAUCUCUCUCAAAAUCAGAGGAGAAAUCUUCAUCGCCCAUCAAUAGUGGUUGAUGACGUUAUUGUAUAUGUUGUUCGUUACUACAUUGGUUUUUUUUCUUUUUCUUUUUCUAUAUAUUUUUUUCCCUUUCUCAUUUCCGGUUUUGGAAUGCAUUUAUUUUCAUUGCACAGAUGGUGUAACUUCAGAAGAUUAUAAAUGGAAAAUAUUGCACUGGUAAAAGAA